CCACCGCUACCAUCCUAUCCGCAAAAUCGUAUCCUACAACGCCAGAGUGAAGUCACACCAUGGCCAUCAUCACGAGCUACUUUGGUGAGCUUCCCCUCCUUGUUCGCAUCUUGAGCGUCGUCGGCCUCUUCACUGUCGCAAAGCCCCUCAUUGGCCUUCUCAGAGUCCUACUCGACUGCUACGUCCUCUCUGGUAUCCCACUCAGCACCUUUGGCGCCAACAAGAAGCAGCCCAAGCAGGCGUCCUGGGCACUCAUCACCGGAGCUACCGAUGGCAUUGGAAAGGAAUUCGCACUGCAGCUGGCAAAGAAGGGGUUCAACAUUGUCGUUGCCAGCAGGACACAGAGCAAGCUAGAUGCGGUAAAGGCAGAGAUAGAAGGCCUGCCCAACACCUCUGCCGAGGUCAAGACGAUUGCAAUCGAUUUUUCCAAAGCGAGCGAGGAUGAUUUCGAGAAGCUCGAACAGCUCCUCUCCCCGCUCGAUCUGGGUGUCCUGGUCAACAACGUCGGCAUGUCCCACUCCAUCCCCGUCCUCUUCUCCCAGACGGAUGUGCAAGAGAUCGAAGCCAUUACCCAAAUCAAUGUCCGUGCCACCCUGCGCGUGAGCCGAAUUGCCGUACCUCUGCUGAUGAAAAAUGCCUCGAGCAAAGGCAAGGAGAGCCUGAUCCUCAACCUCGGCUCCUUUGCCGGAUCGGUGCCCACACCUCUCCUGGCCACCUACGCCGGCAGCAAGUCCUUCUUGAUCGGCUGGAAUAGGGCAUUGAAUGAGGAGCUCAACCGCGUAGGUGUGACUUCGCUGCUCCUCAACACCUUCUUGAUCAGUACGGCCAUGUCCAAGAUUCGCAAGUCGAGCUGGUCGGUCCCCACGCCCAAGCAGUACGUUUCACAGGUGCUGGCCAAGAUUGGUAGGAAUGGAAGUGCAUACCAGGAGGACAGGAGGGGGAGGGAGAUGACCAUCUGGCCUCAGCAUGCCCUUGUGGAAUGGGCAGUUAGGGAGCUGCUGGGAAUUGGUAGGGCCACGGCCUACAGCUAUGGCACACACGUCGACAUCCGCAAGCGCGCUCUACGAAAGGAGGAGCGAAUCCGUGCGCAGGCAGAGGGCAGCAGCGCUCAAGGCGCCGACAAGAAGUCUUCCUGAGCGGCUGGCUAGUAGAGACGAGUGAAAGUGUCGCAAAAGAAGCGGGCACCACAAGUGGGGACAUUCUGGGUGAGGGAAGGUGGAAGAAAGGAGACACGAGAGCAGGGUACACAGUCGAGGUGGAGAGGGCAGCGAAUGGCAGCGAGAAUUUGCUCCUCGUCGAACUUUUGCUCUUUCUUGUGUCAUGCUUCAUCACACACAUCACAAUUGCAUUCACAAUUACAAGCAAAGGAAGACACACAUUGCGUCUACCUACCG